UAGAAAUCAGUGACACUUUAUUCAAAGCCGACAAGGACAGGGAACACACAGAGCUGGGCUCUGAAACACCGGUAGAGCCAUCAGAUCCAUGGCUUAUAGGAAUGCAGGCAGUAACUAAAAAUCAAGUCAAAUAUUUAUAGACCGCAAAUUCAAGUCCUGUCUCUACCUGCAGCAAAAAAUUAUUCUGUCCUAUUCGAAAUUAUUAUGGAGAGUGAAAAUAUCAUCUGCUUACUGCGACUACAAGGAGCCGAGGUUUCGUUGACGAUCGAAGAGGAGACUCUGACCUGGUCUUACAGCAAGAAACCGACAUGGAAACAAAAAAGUCAGUCGGUCUCUGUUCCAGUGAAUGAAAUCGUCUCUGUCCAGCAAGGUGACAGUAAACAACGGACAAAGACAAUCAAUGCGCCUAGCAACCUCUUCACAGUGUAUUACGUUCUGCGUAAUAAGUCCAGUAAGCAAUGGUCUCUUCAAACGGUGACGUUCACAGCUCCAGAUGCACGGGUGGCUCAUGACUGGGUACAACGUAUUCAAGAGAAAACACAACAGACAGCAGGUAACACCAGGCCCAGGAAACUGCUUGUAUUCAUUAACCCGUAUGGAGGGAGCGGCAAAGCAUUGAAAAUUUAUUACACUGAAAUAAGCCAUCUCUUCCAGCUGGCUGGGAUUGAGACUGAUGUGAUUGAAACUACCAGAGCUAACCAUGCCAGGGAUCAUAUAUUGGACUCUGAUCUCCAGACGUAUGACGGGGUCGUGUGUGUUGGUGGCGAUGGGAUGUUUAGUGAAUUGCUUCAUGGCCUGGUGAGACGUACCCAGACUGACAGUGGCAUUUGCGAGGACAAGGAGGGCGCAAAACUGACACCGUGUACUCUGCGCAUUGGAAUCAUACCUGCAGGUUCUACAGAUUGUGUGUGUUUUGCUACAAUGGGGAUCAAUGACCCAGUGACAUCAGCCUUGCACAUUAUUAUAGGAGACACGCAGCCCAUGGAUGUCUGUGCUUCCUACCACGAUGGACAACUCGCGAGAUAUUCUGUGUCUCUGACCGGCUAUGGUUUCUUUGGGGAUGUUCUGAGGGAGAGUGAGCGUAUGCGCUUGAUUGGACCUAUGAGAUAUGACCUAGCAGGUAUAAAGAUGGUGCUCAGUAACCGCUCUUACCGUGGAACAGUAGAAUUCCUGGAGGCCAGUGACGAUUCCAGCCCAAGAGACAAUACGCGCUGCAGGACAGGGUGUCUUGUCUGCUCUGAGUCAUCAGAAAGACUGUCAGCAAAAUUUGAAAAUAAUAUUUCAAAAUCGGAAAAGUGGAAAUCCGUUACUGGAUCCUUUGCAGCACUCAACAUUACUGGCAUGUCCAGCGCCUGCCCCAAGAGCCAGGAUGGCCUUUCACCAACUGCACACCUGGCAGAUGGCACUGCUGAUCUGAUAAUAGUACAAAAGUGCAACCCCCUUCAGUUCCUGAAAUAUCUCAACAGACACACCAAUGGCAAGGACCAGUUUGCUUUUCCCAACGUGGAAGUCCAUCGCAUUCACGCCAUGCGCUUUACCCCGGAGCAGCUUGAUGACGAGGAGAUAGUGCGGCGUCAGAAACGCAUGUUUGUCUGCCCCUGUGGGGGGGAGUCGCUCACCAGCACAUGGAACUGUGAUGGAGAGAUUUUGGAUUGUGCCCAGCUCAGCAUCAGGGUACAUCAUCAGCUUAUCCAGCUCUUCGCCCGGGGAAUUGAAGACAAGGAAAGCAGAUAAGCCUGACCGCUAUGUUCGCCAUGAUGGGUGGCGCCAAUUUCUGAUGACACGCCAGUGCUCAGAACAGAAGGAAUUAUUUUCAUGCUGCUGGCACAGCAAACAUUGCUCAGUACAGUGCCCACUGGACAAACUCUUCACACUGCCAUGCACUUUAAACCCCUGCCGGAGAUCUUCCAUUUACUUUAUGAACUUUGGCAAAUGCAGAAUUUUAUCAAUAUUUAUCUGUUAUACCCCAUAAUGGGGCACCAGUUAUAGCUACAUGUUGUUAAUUUAUAAACAGAAAACCAAUAUGACAAGCCUGGAGCUUGAGUGAACUAUUUAUGUUUGUAAAGGAGCAGCAUUGAAUUCAUGACAAACGUUAAUUUUCCUGGACUAAAUUUUCUGAAGCAAAACCUUCCCACAAUGGGCAUUGUACAGUCAGAGGCACCUGCAGGCUGUAAAGAAAUAUUGCGAGGUCUGUGAAUGUAUAUAAAUGGUGCUUCUGAGAUGACUGGAUUUAGUUCAUUAAAAUUCCUUUACUUUAAAUUGA